AUGAAGUACACAGUCGCCCUCUCUGCCCUCGCUGCCAGCGCCAUGGCAUGGGAGCACAAGUCCUCUGCCUGCCCCAAGCCCGAGCACACGACGACCGUCACCGUCGGCCAACCCUCUGCGACACCCACCCCACCCGCCAACGACAACGGCUACUUUGGCGUCAUCUCGUCACGCUCUGCCUCGCCCAUCCACCUUCUCCCCCUCACCGCACGCGGCAACAAGUUCUACCUCGGCGGCGGACCACCCAGCUCCUACUGCCCGGUCGAGUCGGUCGGCGCGGCCAACUGCCCACCGGGCAACACCACUGUCCUCGCUGGCGGCGACCAGACCCUCUCUCUCGGUGUCGUGGUCCCCGGUGGCCAGCAGGUCUAUGUUGCGCCUGACGGUGCGCUGAGCUACACCACUGCACACAGCGCGGCCAUCCCCGCGGGCAGCGAACAAACAGGCUUCAGCCGGACUGCUCCCGCAAACGGCAAUGCGUUCGGGUACCUCAACUUUGACACUGGCUUUGUUGCUUGCCCGGCUGCCAAUGUCACAGCGGACGGAUACCAGGUCUUUGGCCAGGUUGCCUCGGGUGCCACAUUUGGUGACGACUGCUUGGGCUUCAGCGCACUUACCGUUGCGGUUGACCAGCCUGGUGCGUGGCAGUACUAG